GACGGUAGGUGGGUUCUUUGUCUGGGUUGUGCGUUGUGCUUUUGGGGCUGAGAGGAGAGAAUAGAAGAGGAGAGAGGUGGUCAAUCUCUGAUUCUCUUUGUUUUUCUUUGCGGGUUUUUGUUUUUUGUUUUUUUCACUAUAAAGGGAAGGAACCUCUCUCUGUUGAAAACCCAAAGAUGGAAUAGAAUUCUCUCACGCCAACUUCUCUUGGUUCUUGUAGAAGGAGAAGGAGAAGAAGAAAAGAGGGAUCCCUUCCUUUUUCUCAACUCAAUUAUCUCUUUCAGCUCAGCUAUGGCUCCCAGCAAGGUCAAUUCUGCUGGUGAUGCAAGUGUAUCAUGCUCACAGCCAGAGAAUGGUUUUCUCAAUUCACUUUCUCUCUUAAGUUCAGAGAAAGCAGUGCAGGAACUUCUGCAACAAUCUCCUGUACAGAGCACAGAUGACCACCUCAUAGAGUUCUCAGACGCUAUGAGAACUGUUGCAAAGGCCCUGAGACGGGCUGCUGAAGGAAAGGCUUCUGCGCAAGCUGAGGCAGCUGAAUGGAAGCGUAAAUAUGAACUGGAGAGGGCCCGCAAUCUCCAUUUGGAACAUAAAGAUUGUGGGUAUUCCACUAUCAGGCUACAACUUUUAUGAAAAGCUCGAAAGUUGGUGGACUCAGAGUUCUCUAUGUAAUGCAAUGGGAAUGAUAAGAUUUAUGCUUCCAUGCCUUUUCUGCUUGGAAAAUUGCAAGGAACGGGACAGGAAAAUUUCUGAAGAGCAAUCACAUAGAGAGAAUAACGGUGAUGAUGAGAGGACAAAGAACUUGGCCAGCCGAUCAAAUGAGCAAUCUGAACAGUGUUGUGGGAGUAAUGGGAUAUGCUCCCAUGAAGUUCUUCGGGAUGGUGACCGUGAUUCUGCUUCCAAGGUGGUCCCCAAUAAAUUUGCCAGAAAGGCGUCAUUUAAACUUUCAUGGUGUUGCAAAGGUGACCAAAGUGACCAGCACAAGCAUGACAUUGUCUCUUUUGAAAGAGGAAACAUUACAACUGCAGAGCGCAGCAGUAAACAAAUUUCUUUGAAGUGGGAAUCUCAGCCACAAACUGUGAUUAUAUUGACCAAACCAAAUUCAACUUCUGUUCGAAUUCUGUGUGCAGAGAUGGUCAGAUGGUUGAGAGAGCAGAAAAAGUUAGAUAUUUAUGUGGAACCGCGCGUGAGAGCUGAACUUCUAACAGAGUCAUCUUACUACAACUUCGUUCAUACAUGGAAAGGUGAGACCGAAAUAAUGCUCCUGCACACAAAAGUUGACCUUGUGGUAACUCUUGGUGGAGAUGGAACUGUCCUCUGGGCAGCAUCUAUGUUCAAAGGACCAGUUCCUCCUGUUGUGCCGUUUUCUUUAGGGUCUCUGGGAUUUAUGACCCCUUUUCACAGUGAACGUUACCAAGAAUAUCUUGAUUCAAUUUUAAAAGGUCCCAUUAGUAUCACAUUGCGACACCGCUUGCAGUGCCAUGUUAUUAGAGAAGCAGCCAAAAAUGAGUAUGAAACUGAAGGACCAAUACUUGUAUUAAAUGAGGUUACAAUUGACCGUGGGAUAUCAUCAUACCUUACAAAUUUGGAAUGCUAUUGUGACAAUUCUUUUGUCACAUGUGUCCAAGGAGAUGGGCUAAUAUUAUCAACAACAUCUGGCAGUACUGCCUAUUCAUUAGCGGCCGGAGGAUCAAUGGUUCAUCCCCAGGUUCCUGGAAUUCUGUUUACACCUAUUUGUCCACAUUCCCUAUCAUUUCGGCCUCUGAUAUUGCCUGAGCAUGUGACGCUGCGAGUACAAGUACCUUUCAACAGCAGGAGCCAUGCAUGGGCGUCGUUUGAUGGCAAGGAUAGGAAACGGUUGGCAGCUGGUGAUGCACUUGUGUGCAGCAUGGCACCUUGGCCUGUCCCAACUGCCUGUCAAAUUGAUUCUACUAGUGACUUCCUGAACAGCAUUCAUGACGGCCUCCACUGGAAUCUUCGAAAGACUCAGUCUUUUGAUGGCCCUCGGGAUGCAUAGUGCGUAGUUUUUCAUUUGUAUAUUAGUUCUCUAGUUGGCAGAUCUCGUUAGAAUCUAAAUAUAACAUGCGUUUUUAAGAGGGGAAAAAAAGGGGGGAGGUGGGUGGCCGUAGAAAGUGAAAAGAAACUUUAAAAUUCCUGUAAUUAUGUAUUUCCCCUCAAACGAGGAGAUUAUAUGUUUUCUCCUCCUCCAAUAAGGUCAAGGCUUGAAGCAGAGCACUUGUUAAAUGGAUGUCGAAAGAUCAAUGAUAUUGCUUUCGUGUUAGGAACUUGUAAACUGGAUCAUAAUUACUGAUCGAAUAUAUGCAAAAAAUUUAGAAAUCGCAUUUCAUUAUAAA